AUGAAUUUACUUUUACAACAUCCCCCAAAGUCCAAAUCAACAUUAACCGUAUCAAACCACCAUGCAACAAGCCCUAUUGAUACUACAAAUAUACAAUCAACCAUACAUCAGAGUAAUAUUACAUCCCUGCUGCCCGUAACAUUACUUUCAGAACUUCUAGACCCACUGACUGGAUAUAAAACUGGAUUAUCGGUUUCAUCGGUUCAUUCGGUAUCUACAGAUAGCAUUCUGCUGCUGAUGGAUAAUCAUUCAACUAAUUUAAAUGAUGAUAUGUCAUUGCUACUGCAACAUCACCAACGGAUACAACACCCUCCACAAUUAGGUUCUGAAUUUCAAACAAAUCUUAAAUCAGUCUCAGAUAAUAUCUUCAUAAUUAAUAAUGUUAGAGACGCGUUUAGAUUAUUAAAAUUUACAUAUUCAGAUGAAAAUAAGUUACCUACAACUUCAGAAAUAUUUCCUUAUCUUCAUGGAUUAAAUAAUAUACGGCAAAGGAUAUUUUUCGAUGCAAAACUCAAUUCAGACUAUAAAAUUAACCAAGAAUUGGCAGGUACUUUAAGUCUUGAUUAUUAUAAUUUAAGUGAAUAUUCAAAUACUUUAAAUCCUCCUGAAAUGGAUCAUUUCCCGUUAAUGAUAAUAUCUUCGAAAGACCCUAUUUGCAAACAAUCUGAACAACUUCUGAAUACCAUUCCAUUUUCCGAAUUAUUCACAGUGGAAGAUGAUAAUGAUGAAAUGGAAUUUAUUGAACUGAUUCAAUAUAAACCGUUUUCAAGUAUAAAUAAUCCUGGGAAGAAUACAUCGACUGAAUUGAAUAAUCGAAAUUUCAAAAGUCAAAUUAAAAUGGUUGCAACUUUCACAAAUUUUCUUGUUUAUAAUAAUGACAAUGAUUUUGGAUUAAAUUUAAAAGCUGCUCAUACUAUUGCUAAAUCAUUUGAUGAACAUUCAAAUCAAAUUUGUUAUAUUCUUGAUAUCCCAGACUGGACGAUUCUGUUAAGAAAAUAUUUGGAAUCAAAUUCUAUUUUUAAAAAUCCUGAAUUUAUUUCCAAUAUUAAUAAUGAUGAUGAACCAUUUUCUUGUAAAUUACUUGAAUGGGAACAAAACUUGAUUUGGAAAUUAAACAGUAUGAGAUGGAUAGAUAAAAAUGUUUGCUUAGGUACAUUAGUUGAUUUUAAUCAAUUAAAUGACUCAAGUAAGAAACAACAAUAUCAAAAGAAGUUUAAAUUAUUUAUAAAUUGUCAUCAAAAUGCUUCUUUUCCAGAAUUAGCAGCCCUUAAUCAAAUUCUCCGUAAACUUGAAGAUUAUUGUUUGAGAGGGGAUCAAUCAGAAGAAUUGGAACCAAUAUAUAUGGAAUUCCCAUUAAGUGGUUCAUUAAGUAUUUCAACCAUUACAUUUGAAGAAACUUUAAGUUAUUUGAAUGUAUUGAAAUUAAUUUAUUUCUAUGUGAAAAAUAUGAAUGAAAAUGUGUUUAUCCUUUGUUAUGAUGGAUUCACUGGUCUUUCACUCCUUACUGCUUCGUUGGCAUAUUUGUUAAGUAUUGAAUCUGAUAUUAAAGUCACCAUUGAAAGUGUGAUUUUAGAAUUACUUUCAAAUAUUCAAAAUGAUAUAAGACUUUAUUUCUUUAAAAAUGAUUUAAUAUUUUUGAAAAAUUUAGAAAAAUUCAUAAGUUGGGUAUACUUUAAGAAGCUUGGACAUAAUGACAACAUCGAUUUCCAAUUAAUUUUGAGUUUAGAUUAUAAGGAAAUUGCUCAAUUUAAUAAAAAGGGGAAAUCUACCAUUGAAUAUGACUGGUUUGAUUUAAAUCAAGAUAAUAAUUUCCCAUCAAGAAUCUUAUCAAAUUUAUACUUAGGAUCCUUAAAUCAUGCAUCCUCAAUAACACUUUUGAAUGCUCAUAAGAUAUCAAAGAUAAUCUCAUUGGGGGAAAAGCCAACUUGGUUUGCAUAUUUAAACGAUUAUAUUAUAUUCGAACAUGAAGUUAACCUGAAUUCAAUCUCAAAACAUAAGAAAAUUAUUCAACCGAUUCAUUCAUAUGAUUUUAUUAAAAUCUAUGUUUUAGAAUUGAAUACAAGAAAUUCCAUCAAAUUAUCAAAACUUCCUCAUUUAAAAAAAAUUGUUUAUAUUUACAAUUUAAAAGAUGAUGGAAAAGAUUCAAUUCUACCUCUAUUAGUGGAUAUUCCAGAUCGGGUUAGAAAGGAAAUUCUUAUAAAUCCAAAGACUAGUAAAGAUACAACUUUAAUUCAUUGUAGAAUUGGAGUUUCUAGGUCUGCAACUUUGGUAAUUGCAACAUUGAUGAAAUAUUUUUCUUGGAAUCUUCUUGAUGCUUAUAUGUAUGUAAGGGUUAAAAGAUUCAAUAUUAUAAUUCAACCAAAUCUUAAGAUUUUUUAUGAAUUGUUUUUAUUUGAAGAACAUCUUCGAAAAUCUUCGGGUGAAAGUGGUGGUCUGAGAUCUAUGUGUUGGCCUUCAUUAUGCAAUGAGAUACACAAAUUGAACAAUCACUAUAUUGCGAGCAACAACUAG